AUGGCCAACUGCUCCUUUCGUAAACUGAUGCUUCUCGCUGUGGCGGCCGCAGCUGACGUGACCCGUGUUGUCCUGAACUCCAAAGAACAAAGGUCUUCACAGAGGAUUACAGGAGCAGGCGGUGGAAGAAAGCGCCGCGAUGACUCGAGACUCACACACAGAAUCAUGUCCCAGUCCAGGAGGAGCAGGACCAGUGCGGGCUUGGCCUCUGACCAGGGUUUCUCUCCUGUCCGUCUGUCGCUGCUCCUGCUGUGCUCACUCAAUAUUCUAAAUCCAACUCUGGGCAAAACCAGCUUCUGA